AUGUCUGACUAUAUUUUGAACAGACUACAACAAAAUAAUCCCAAUGUCACAUAUUAUGAUUUAGUUUAUAACGAGGCGCUAACUAAGAUUCAAGACCAAGUGAUGGCUAGAUUUGGGAAGACAUUAUCAGAUUUUGGAAUGAACCGGCCACAAGGAAUCGGAGAAGUCAUUAGUGAUUUAAUAAGAGAACUGGACAUCAAUGUCUCUUCUUUACAGCAGCAAAUAUCAGAGUCUGUUCCUCGAUUGAACACGGAACAAAAAUUAGUUUAUGAUAUUGUUGUGCAAAGAAUCGAUAAUGGUGAGGGUGGAUUGGUUUUCUUAGAUGCGCCAGGAGGCACUAGGAAAACUAUUCAAUAA